AUGCACGCUGUAUCAAGUGAGGAAAAACAGAAAAAUCGUUUGCGUGUAAUGACCACAAUUAUGAGUGUUUCGUGGCUAGCACUUCAAGGUUGUUCAUUUAGAGGCAAUGAUGAAUCUCCAUCUUCAUUGAAUCGAGAAGUUGUGUUGGGUAAUGCUCCAAAAAAUGCUACAUACACAUCUCCAGACAUUCAAAAAGAGAUUUUGAGCAUUAUGGCUAAUAGAGUAAGACAUAGAAUCUGUAAAGAAGUUGGGGAUGCAAUUUUUAGUAGCUUUGUUGAUGAAGCACGAGAUGCAUCUUCACAAGAACAAAUGGCCAUUAUCUUGAGGUUUGUGAACGAUUUGGACAAUGUUAUUAAUAUGAUUACAUCAUCUCCUAAGCGCAUCAAUGAGUUGAAAAGUUCCCAAAAAAAAAAAAAAGAAAUUGAACAUUUGUUGGAAAUUGGAGAACGAGAGACUGGAAGUGGGGCUAAUCAAAAUGGUAAUUUGCAACGAGCUGAAGGUUCUUGUUGGUCUUCUCAUUACAACUUCGUAAAGAGUUUGAUUGAUAUUUAUGCUGCAACUUGCAAGGUGCUUGAGUAUCUCAGUGAUCAUUCUCCAAAUAAUGUUCGCAAUUAUAGAUGUGCUUUGUCAAGCCCUUCAGAAAAAACUCAGGACAUCUUAACUGCUAUGAGAUUUGUCCAUACUACAAAAACUAUCAUUCAAGAAUUGAGAGAAAAUGGCUAG